ACAACUACGGUCGCACUUUUCAAAAACCUCAAAAGUCAGCGCCAUGUCUUCCUAUCGUAUCAAUUUAUUGAAGCUUAUUGAUCUGGCUAUCGGAUCGCCAAGCCCUGGUUCGGUUAAUACUAAUUUGCUUCAUCAAAUUUUGUACAUUCUGGCCCUUAAAGACGCUGCUGGGGGAAUUACUUCAUUGGAGGCAGAUGAAAUAGAAUUGUCCCGCCCGAGUACCAUCGCAGAUCUUAAGUUUCUCGAUGAAGCGCUAAAGAACGGUAACAACACCCGCUUGACCGUUCAACGUCGUGUUAGCCAAAACGAAACCGACGAUGACUUCGGUUACAGUGGAACUCGUCUACGGAUAGCUGGAUCCCGAAUCAUUGUGCCGAACGGUGGAAGCAGUCGGCAUUCCGUUGGCCAACCGGAGCACAUUGAGUCGCAGAUGAGUGCCAUGUCAACGAUGGUUUCGGACCUGGAGGAGCGAAUGCAAAAGAUUUCCGUCACACCCAGCAAUGCCUGCGAGGAAGGAUUGAAGGAGCUACGGCGGCGUAUCUUGGGGCUGGAAAAAAUGAUGGAACAGCCAAUUCAGAGGCAAACCAUGGACGAACCCCUUCCAGUUGAUGUGGGUGGUCUGAAAACCGAAAUGGAGAAAAUGUGGCACUCCAUCCAUAUGUUGACGGAGAAAAUAGAAGGGCUUCAAGAUACCCAAACGAAAACGAAUGGACUUGAUAAUGGCGGAUCGAAUGCUGACUUAGAAGGACCAAUGGAGAUGGAAGAAAAAACAAGUUCUUUGGACAAAACAGAAACAGGAACAGAUAUGGUGAAAAAGAUUCAUGCAAUCGAAUCUAAACAGUUUGACUUAGAUCAAAAAAUUCAAUUACUGAUCGAAGAUAUUACCAAGUUAAGCAAACCAGUACCAUCGGUGCUAGAUAUAGACGAAACCGAAAAUUUUCCGUAUAUUGCAGAUCAAAUCGCCUCACUUGAGCGAGCAUUUAAUACCAAAAUUGGAAAACUUGAACACUCAAUCAAACGACUUUUCCAAGAGAAAGCCGAUGAUGUGGAAAUCGAAUCCCGUAUCCGAAAGUCGGUUCGAUUGAGUUCCGAAUUUACUAACCGAGCGAGUCUCAUUCCUUCCACUGAACUUCCGUACCAAAGACGAGAUGAUACCAACGGUAGCCUGUCGACUGUUACAGAUCAACUUAAAGCAACUCAAGACGAUCUACGGGUACUUAAAGCAGCAGUUCAAUCAAUGUCCAGCCAGGACAAUUUAACGCCUACAAUAGCAAUGGUAACCGACCAACUUCAGCAGCUGCAAGCUCAAUUUCAUUCCUUUCAAAUAGCUCAUCCAACGGAACCGGAAAAGGCUGCCGGAACGAAAAUGAAGCCAAUAUUGGACCUACGGUGUAUAUCCUGUCAUCGAGUGGUAGCCAUGGAUCGUUGCGAUGAAAUAAUUCCGAAACCCCCACUUCUGAGAGUAACUCGUGUACUGAAGCCAAACCUACGCAGACAAUUACUGGAGGUGCACAAAAAUAUGGCCCAACAUGGAACGGCAGGUGAACCGGUUCGAUCCAUGGCACACUUCGAGAAAAUUUAUCAUUCUAUCACUGCCGGAAAAAGCUAGCCACGCCAUAAGUAACAGAAAAUAUACUGUGGAAUUAA